AUGGGGUGCUUCAAUGUUGGUAGAGAAGGAAGGGCGGGGGGUUUAGCUUUGUUAUGGCAACACGGAGUGGAAGUAUCUAUUCUUUCUUCUUCUCCAGGGCAUAUUGAAGCUAUUUUAAAGGGUGUGGAUAUGGAGACUUUCCGCUUUACUGGGUUUUAUGGUAAUCCUGAAAUGAGGUUACGUCGGCACUCUUGGGAUUUGCUACGACGAAUUGCAGGGACUGUUCAAGGGCCAUGGCUUGUAGGUGGGGAUUUCAAUGAAAUACUUGAGGCUCAUGAGUACUUUGGUUGCCGUUUCCGACCCAUGUCACAAAUGAGGGCCUUUCGGGAAGCUUUGGAGGAGUGUGGUUUGACAACUAUUUGGUUUCAGGGGUAUAAGUUUACAUGGUCUAACCGAUGGCAAGGUGACGGGAAUGUAAAGCUCCGGCUGGAUAGAAUGGUGGCUAAUGGUGACUUUGUUAGGACCUUUCUUGAGGUCACAACGCAUCAUCUGAAUUCUAUGGUGUUUGACCAUCUUCCUUUGUUGUCAUAUUUGAGACCAAGUACUUGGGUGAGGAAGCAUAAGCGGUUCUUGUUCGAGGAAAUGUGGACUACUGUUGAGGGUUGCCAAGACGUCAUUACGCAUGCUUGGGAGUCUGAGACUGGAACUGUCGUAGAGAAAUUGAAGGCAUGUCAAGGGUCUCUGCGGACGUGGAAUAAUGACCAUGUAGGCCGAAUACCUACAAAGCUCCGAAGUCUGCAACGGAAGUUAGAUGACACCCAAAGGAGAAGUUUUUCUCUAGUAGUUGAGUUUCAACAUAGAGAUAUAUGUAGGGAAAUGGAUGUGCUAUUGGAAAGAGAAGAAAUGUUGUGGAGGCAGAGAUUGCGGGUCUCAUGGAUGAAAUAUGGGGACAAAAAUACAAGAUUUUUCCAUGAACAUGCAAAAAUGCGAGGACGACGGAAUCUAAUUACGACUAUUGUAGAUGAUCAGGGGAUUUGGCGUACAUCUAUUGAAAGUAUUGGUAGUGUUUUUUGUGGUUAUUUUCAAGGCUUGUUUGCUUCCAAUGGACUUCAUGAUGCAGGAGCAGUCACUGAGGUGGUCAAGCCGAUACUUACUCCAUCUCAAAAUUUGUGCCUCAAUCAGUUUUUCUUAAGGGAGGAGAUCGAAACUUCUUUGGGUUAA